AUGUCCCACGUGCUUCAUGUGGAUAACGCUGUCAUACCCCCUCCUGCCUGCAGAGGUCGCUAUACGGACCAGGAAACAGCAUGUUCCUGAACCAGGAAGAGGUUAGCAGUCUCACAAAGAAAAUGGCGCAGGGUAGCAUGGAGAAAGCUGCUGCAGGCACCCAGGGAUGGCUCCACGGGGCCUAUCAUUUUAUCACCGAUAAGAAUGACUUCCGCAGGUUUGUGACCCCGAGGGUUUAUAUUGAUGGUGUCAUACGUGGAGUACAUCCUGUAACACACAACACGUGCAUGGCUCCCUGGCAGUGGGUGAUGGUGACAGUGUGA